AUGGCGCUGGCCAAUCAGCCGUCGCCUCAGUGCGAGGGGGUCAUGGUGCAGCUGCUGCAGACGCUCAACCUCAUGAUUCAGAACCUCAAGAGCGAAAAGGCCAUCUACUACAUGUUCAGCAAGGAGCACAUCAACAACGUCAUCUCCUUUAUUCCACCUCGAACCCCUCGAAGCCCUUUCACACCCCCCACCUCCCCAUCUUUUUCACAUCCUCUCUCUUCCUUCCCACCACACCCAACACUGGCCUGGCAGACUACAUGUUUCAGCAAGGAGCACAUCAACAACGUCAUCUCCUUCCCCUUUGAUUUCUCCGAUGAGGAGCUGCUCGCAUACUACAUCUCCUUCCUCAAAACGCUGAGCAUGAAGCUGGACAAGUCUACCAUCUCCUACUUCAUCGUGGAAAAGGAGGAUGGCAGCAGCGCCUUCCCCCUGUACGUGGAGGCAAUCCGCUUCUUCCACCACGAGGAGAGCAUGGUCCGCAUCGCCGUGCGCACGCUCACCCUCACCAUCUACAAUGUGCAUGACGAGCGGGCCAACCGCUUUGUGCUGAGCCCAUCAGCCAUCCGGUACUUUGAGGACCUGGCCAUUUUCGUGCGCCAGCAGAGCUUCACUCUUGCUCGCCUUGUUGCCAACGCUGUCAGGAACUUUGGGUCGAUAGUGGACGUGGGGCGGGUGGAGGCGUCGAUAGCGGAGAUCGGCGAUCUACUCUACUACUGCAACGACGUCAUGAGCGCUGGAAUCCCACAGCUCUCAGAGGUGGUCUCGGAGCACCUCCUCAGCAACUGGGUCUUCCCCGUGCUCCUCGCCUCGCUCUCCCCCGAGUCUGGCUCGCCCAAUGCGAAGCGCAUAUCACCGCUGUGCGCCAUGUACCUGCUGUCGCGUGUGCUGCACGUGGUGACCUACCGCCCCUUCCUUGACACCGCCACCUGCUCCAUCGCCGCCUCCCUCUCCGCCAGCCCUGCUCUCGCGAAGCGCAUAUCACCGCUGUGCGCCAUGUACCUGCUGUCGCGUGUGCUGCAUGUGGUGACCUACCGCCCCUUCCUCGACACCGCCACUCGCUCCAUCGCCGCCUCCCUCUCCGCCAGCCCUGCUGGCUCCGACGGGGUGCUGCCUCAGCUGUAUGAGUUCCAGCAGCAGCAGGGCAAACCGCAGGAGAAGCAGCAGGAGAAGCAGCAGGAGAAACGGCAGGAGAAGCAGCAUGUGAGGAGGAGCAGAAGCGCAUCGAGCUCUGCGGAUUUUGGGGUUCAGGAUAGCGAGUUUGGUGUAGGGAAAGGGAGGGAAGGAGCUUCUGGUGGCGCUGGUGGUGCGGCAGCAGCAUUGGUAGGAGCAGCGGCUGCAGCGGCAGGCACAGCAACAGCAGGUCACAGGUUGUCUGAUACCCAUCACCUCUCUGCAAGGCCUCCGGUCCCCCCUCCUGCUCACCUUACAACCACUGCUUCUGCUUCUGGUGCACAAGGCAUAGUCUCCCCACCUUCUGCAGCAGCAGCAGAGAGGAGGGAUGGAGACGCGAGUGCAGGAGGAGUGGCAGAAAGGGGAGAAUCCUCAGCAGUAGACAGGGCAGAAGGGAAGAAGGCCAAGUGGCCGCUGGCAGCAAGACCUGGAAUUGCGGACUCGCCUAAGGGUUCCUUCUCAGAGAGUCUGGAAGGGCGGGAGGGCAGAGAUGGGGGCAGUGAGGAAGCAGGGGAGAGAGGAGGGGAGAGAACAGGGGACGGCAGGGAAGAUGUAGCGGCAGCAGAUGCGCCGAAUGGGUAUGUUCCUGGAAGAGAGGAGCAGAAAGCAAGCAGGGGGAAGAUAAGAAUCGUGGGGAGGAUGGAAUCGCAGUGGUGGUACGAGCGGUGUUGUGCGGUCAGCAUCGGCACGAGACAGGCCGGCUCUGUCGGCGCGCAGGCACCUCAGGACCCAGAGCAGCGGCAGCAGCAGGAGCCUUACCGACUCGCCCCAGCGCAUCAAGAGCUCAGACUCCCCACAGCAAAUGAAGAGCUUGGACUCUCCGCAGCUGAAUGA